CAUGGAUUCAUCAUGGCUAAGGAUUGGAAAGUGUCUAUCCCUCAAGAAUACAUCCGUUUGGUGAUGGAUUUUGAGAAGUUGAGGAUGUAUCCUUGGGGUCUUCGCGCGUAUGAUGAGCUGCUUGCAUCAAUAUUCAGAGCAAGGGAAGAUUUGCAUCUGAAGAACAGUUACGUGUUGGAUGGAUUCUCAUAUGCGUUUCAGAUAUGGAUUAUGGAGGCAGUCCCAGACAUUGGUACUAUGGUGGGUAAAAAGAUUAAAAAAAACAUCACCAAAGCGAGAUGUAGAAAUUGGAAAGGAAGUGGAAAAGUAUCCUACCAAGAUAUCAGUAGCUUAGAGUCACACUUCGAUAAGGGAGAGCUGUUUCCCUUUAUAUCUAAUACUGGGAACAAUGAUGUGAUUGAUGAUGCUGAGUUCACUAGGGAAGAUGAGAAAAAGGAUGAAAGAGUUGGUCGUAUUGUUGCUCUGAUGAAUGCCAAACAAGACUGGAACCAAUUCGCUUGGGAAGUUGAGGCUUUGCCUCGAAAUGUGGAGCUUUCUGAUUCAGAAGAAGAUGUUGAAGUCGAAGAUGUCACAGAGGAACCGUCUGUUAUUGCAGAGGAACCGACUGUUGUUGCAGAGGAACCAAUUGUUGUUACGAAAAGGGGCAAGCGCAAGCUUAUUGAUCUAGGUGUCGAGUCUCGAAAGAAACAACUGCUUUGUCAACGGGCGGCUGAGCAUAACAGUGGUGUCUCCGGUGAUCUGAAGACCUUCAUUGAAGGUUUGUUCACCUCUUCUUUCAACUCUUUAAAGGAGCUGGUGCAAAAGGACAUUCAAGAGCAUUUUGACAAGGUCCAUAAUGAGAUGGCUCAACUCAAGGAAACGAUGUCUCAAGUUACGGGUCCUUCACAUACAGAGGGAAAAACCAGAGCAUCUGAGAUUUCGGGUCCUUCACAAUCAGAGGGGAAAGACCAAGACAAAUCAUCACAGAGUCCGGAUCCUUCAGCAGCAAAGGGAAAAGCCAAUGGCAAGGCAGCUGAGAGUUUGCCUCCUCCUGCGGUUCAUCGUAGCCCUAGGCCAGUAAGAAAGUUUGACACGGCUGAUGUUACAAAUUCUGAAGACGACAUGAUGGAUUUUUUGAAGAAUUUGUCACAAUCAUCAAACAUCAAAGUAGAAAUGGAGACCCAAGAGUACUUACAAGAUGCCAUGGGAAACCUUUCUCAAUCAUCAUAUGUUAAAGGUUUCGAUCCAUCACAAAAACUCAAUGGCGAAGAACCAGCUGAAUGCGUUACUCCACUGACUUCAUUUAAGCCUGCGGAUUGGAGACCACCUACUCUCAAAGAUAUCGACUUACAUGAGGAUCGGGUGAACGAUAGCGAUUACUCACUAGUGUUUGUCCCUGAGGAUUCAUGGGCCAAACUGAUUAAGUGGUCCUCAACUUCAAAUUGAUGCUAUGAUGUACUUAUUCACUGAGAGGACUUCCUUGCGACGAUGGGAACCAACAAAAGUAGCAUUCAUGACCUGCAUGUUCAGUAAUCAAAUGAAGAACUCUUUCGAAGAGUUUCGGAAGGACAAGAAGAAAUUCAAAGUAUCAGAACUGCUUCACCAGUACGGCAUUGGUGAACUUCCAGCACACGGACGAACAAGACUAAUGUGGGAUCUUGACGUUACACGCAUGUAUGUGCCUCUAAAUGUUGGUAAACACUGGAUCUCUAUGUGUGUCAACUUUGUUUCUCGUUCAAUAGAGGUCUUUGACUGUGAGGGAUUGAAAUACAACAAGGAAGUGGAGCCAUUUGCCAUUCUCAUCCCUAGAAUUGUCAAAGCUGUCCAGUCAUCAAAGAAUCGGCAGCAAGUGAAGGUCAAGCAAUAUACUGUCAAUUACGCCCCAAUGCCCUACUUACUAAACAAGAGUAGCAGUGAUUGUGGAGUAUAUGCCUUGAAGCACAUUGAAUGUCAUCUUCUAGGCUUGGACUUCUCCUUGGUGAAUGACAACAACAUUCGAGAAGCGCGCCAAAAGUUUGCUUACGCCCUUGUGCUUUUUUCGAGAAUGGCACAAUACACUCCUCCAAAGACGAUUACAAAUCCUCUUGUGGAACUUUAA